AUGAGCAGUGUUACAACUUUCAGGUGUGUACUUGACCUCUCUAAGUGUCCUUUCAUUCAGGGGAAAAUGUGGUUUGCUCAGCCCAAGGAUGCUGGUUUUUCAUUUAGCCACGGUAUCAAUGGUCAUUUGACCAGCCUCUCCGUUGUUGGAAGCACCAUCCCCACUCCCGACCCCGCUACUAAGGAGAAGGCUUUCUGUGCUCUGGAUAACUUGAAUGCAAGGGUUGAAAACCAGGGCCAGAUUAAGAUGUCCAUCAAUGGAGUGUGUCGGGAGACUGUGUCACAUUGCUGCAUCUCAUUUCUGCAGCAGGCCGGAUUCAAUUUGUUAAUAAGCAUGACAGUUAUUAAUCACAUGCUUGCCGAGUCCGUUUCAGACUUGAAGUUCCCUUUGACAUCCGAGGGAAGUGGAUGUGCCGAGGUUCAGGUUUUGAAACCGUCCAUGGGUUUGUCUGAAAAGCCAGUCUUGGCAGGGGAAUCGCUGGGUGCCCAAACGCUGCUCUCAUUCGUGUCCCUCUUGAUCAGGAUCGGAAACACACAGGCUCCCCCCGACACCCUGGCCUCUUAG